CCAUCGACAACUAGGGUCAUUUAGGGCCAAACAAUGAUAUUGUUUAGUAUAGAUAUAUUUAAAUGAUGCUAAAGGAUGGAAAAGAAUUGAAGUUUUCAGUUAAUCUAUUUAUUUUUUCAUUUGUUUUUCACUUUUGAGAGUAUGUAGUAGUGUGGUAUAGUGUGACUUUGUGUCCUGAUAUUAUCAUGUCAUUUUGUUUUAAUAAAAUGUAAGAUAUAUGUAUACAACAUGAUAAUAUCAAAGGAAGAUAAUUCAAUAUUAAAAGAUCUAUAAAAAAUAGAAUAAAAGAGAUAACAAUUUAAAGGUUAUAACACUAUAUUAUAGAAAUGAAUCUUCAAUUACAUAUAUACAUAAAGAUUGAAGUACAAGCUUAUAAUAGUGUGUGAUAGCAUAUAAGGUUGUUCUAUCACAUUUUCAAUAAAACAAAAUUAAUUCAAGUUGCACUCUCUUUGUAGUAUAGCAAGCUACUUUCAGUAGUCAGAAAAAUUGGCAUUACGCCAACAUCUCCUUUUUAUUAGACUGUAUGCUUGAGAUAGCAGCUAUAGCUGCAUAGAAUAUUUGCCAGCAAACUUGGCAGACUGCCAGACUGCAAGAGCCUGCCUCAUUAAACCCUAAGAUACUACAGAUAUUUAGAGUCCUAAAAGGGUGUGUAAAAUUGUCAGAGUGGACUGUUAGAGGGAGAAUCAUUAUAUAACUAUUCAUAUCUAACUGGAAACAGAUGUUGAAACCAGUUUUUUUUUUAUCCUGUGACAGUUUUCAUCUUUAAUUUGUUUCACAUGUGAUCUGAUGUUAGGUAGAUUUUCUAUUCAUUGUCAGUGCAGCAUGAUGAAUUAUUUAUGGUAUUGCAUUUCCCUCUCAGACAGCAUAUUAAUACAUAUAAACAGAUUUUUUUUUCAAAGGUGUAAAUUGGUUUUCAGUGUGGAAAAGCCUACUGAUGAGUAACAUGUUUAGUGGGAUGUGUUGUGAAGAUAGAUUUUGGAACUGAACCAAACUCUUGUACAUGCAGUGUAUAUAUACAUACAUGUAUCUAGUGACAUUUAUUUUGAUGUACUCAUUGAUCAGAAUCGGAUCAAGCAGAAAUAGUACACAAUUUGAUUGUGCAUUUGAAUUGGAAAUAAUCAAGGUUUUUGUGAAUGAUUUCAGAAUAGUCAUUAGACCUAUCUGGUAAGAUUUAAAAUAUGGUUUUAAUUAAUAUCAGGAACAUACAUUUAUUUCUACUUUUCCUGUGUUUUGAUGUACUAACAGAUACCUUAGUUGGGAGGUAAAUUUUGGUUCCAUAAUUAUCAUUUGUUUCUCAUUUCUGUCAUUAUCAGGUACAAGAGGUUUAAAUUGCACAUGGAUGCUGAGUCAAAACUGGGUCAUUCAAAUUCAACACAGUCAACUCCAGGUCAACAAGUAUACUGACUGGUCAACUCAAGGUGGAUCAUCACUAGAACAGGAACACAAGAGACAUCACAGGCUUUGUAAUGUUUGUCUGCACUUCUUUCCGUAAAACAAGAUCCUGAUGAACAACACCAACCUACAGGCACCAUGCAGGUUCACAUCAAAAGAGAGAGAAAUGAUGAUAAAUAUUCGGCAUGUGAAGGAGUAUCAGCCACCCCACAGAAUGGUCACGUGACUUCCCAACAUGUCGGGGGUCAGCAAGAUGGCUUUCCAAAUAACCGACCUCCCCCGCCCCUUAUAGAGGCAUCGCAGGUGGCAGGACUGAACAAUCAGUAUCUGCAGAAUGGAAUAAUUGCUAGGCAGAUGUCAGGCAACCAAGAUCCUCAACAUGCAAAAUUGGCUGAACCAGUGAAACAAAAAGUUCCAGAAACACAAAUAGAUUAUCCAAGCUUUAAGGGUAUGUUUGGGUGGACGACAAUCGAUGGUGUCAAUGUGCCUUAUAUUUUCCGAAAGGACAGAAAAUUUAUGUCAGUUAGAGUUGUUGAACAGAAAUUGUUAAGUCGCUAUCCAAACUCUUAUCCAGAUGAACUGGGCAAACAUCAGCCUCUUACUAGUUACUUCAUCACUACACAUGAGGCAAAACUUCUCAACGAAAUCAACAUAGUGCAUUGUGGGGGAGAGUUCGGACAAAAGGAAUUUAACACCAAAGAUUUGAUAGUGUUAUUGGAAGACUUCAGUGAGUUCCACAACCUUGUGAAAAAGACAUUCCCGGAACACAUUGUGAAUGCACCACCACAGCACCAGAUCAACCAAGCAAUGGUCCAGGAGAGCAAAACCCAGGGCUGUGGCUGGAUACAAGUCAACAAUACUGUCACCCCCUACAUCAACAAAAACAAAGACAAGUAUGUGCCAUUAUCAGUGAUGAGAUAUGCUGCCUCACUUAAUGUCCCUGCACAAGGUAUACUCCCUGAACCUGAGGAAUGUAAUCUGUUAAACAAAGCCUGUAAAGAGGUUGGGUUUAAUUUCUCGUUCUCCAAGACCACCAGGGUGGUGUCCCUUACUGAAGUCAUGAAACAUUUCCCCAUUACAGUUAUCGACCUUCCAUCGGACAAUCCGCUAGAGUAUGCACAGUAUGUGGAGGUUCCAGCCAUAUCUCAGCAACCAGUACAAUCAAUGGCCAACAUGCAACAACAACAGCAACAGACUGAUGCAAGACCUCAUCUUAAUCAUGCAUAUCUACAAUCGGCCAAGGAACUAGGGCAGGGACAACACAUGCAGACCCAGAUAGCUCCAGACAGGUUUCCCCCUCCCACAAGGGGGCCUGGCCCACCUGGAGGGCUCCAUCCUGCCUUCAUGGAUCCACGUUACAUGUUUUCAUACAACAGAUUCCCUUAUAAUGUGUACAAUGUGCCAAGUGGUCCCCCAAAUGUGACUGUGAAUCCUAUGUCUAAUGGCUUUGGUGGUAGCGGUCAGAUGCCAAUGCCACCUCCACCCUAUCAACACAACCAUCAGAUGAAUGGUCAGGUGAGACCACCACAGGCAGUUAUGGGUCAACAGAAAGGACCUUCACCUUCGCGGAGUUCAGGUGCCAGCAUUACAGCGAAUGGAGGCCCAGUGCAACAGAGACCUCCAAGCACUAGUCGGUCUUCGUCCUCAGUCUGGCAUGACCAAACCAGCAAGCAGCAAAUAUCUCCAGGCAGGGGCAAGAUGCCAUACUCUCGCUCACCAAACAUAUCACAUCAACAAUAUCAAUCACAACACCAGCAAAUGACUCCAGGGAAGCCCAUGUCAGCACAGUCAUCAGCUAAUCAUGCUAGAGUGGGGCCACCUGGGGCACACAUGCAAUCAAACUUAUCAAGACAGUCCCCACAUAGGGUUGUUGGUAAUCCCAAUCUCAGUCAAAAUGGUGUUGUGCCUCCUGGCCAACCUAUCCCUCCUCCUCCCCUUAUGUCAGGUCCUCACACUGGACCCAUGGGCAGCAUCUCGCGUAAAUCUCCUCAGUCAUGUCCUCCACUCACCACCUCUGCCAACAAUGGCCUUCCAAACAGUAGGUCAAGACACAGUAGUGGAACAUCACCAGUACUAGACCAACAAAAUGGUGUAAAGUCUCCUACAUCUCAGGUUGUAUCUCCAGUGUCUGGAGUGCAGACCGGACAGGGCAAGACAGAUGAGAAAAGUGAUAGAAAAUCAGAAGUGCCUUCUCUGACUGAAUGCAUUAAGGGUGUGUGGUUAGGUGGCAAAAGCAUAUCGUGCAUGCAUCUGAAUGGACCCAAGCGUACUGGCAAGUUCUGCCUGGUGGAGGCUGUGUGUAAGCUUUACUUCAAUGGUUGUAGUGUCAAUGAGUUUCUAUUUGCUUUGGAGAAUGUGUUAAAUGUUCCUCUUGUGACUUGCACAGAUGAAGAGGAAAAAGCAUUUAUUCAUUACUAUAGUUUACCUGUUACUGUUUUAAAAUGCAACAAAAUGAUUGAUUUUGAUGACUUGGAAAAGUUCUUCCCUCAACUGACUUAUGUAUUUCGAGGUAAAAUAGGAUCAACAGAACCUCACAAGACACUGUCUCAAAAUGGUAGUGCGCAGACACAGUCACCUGAUAAAACAAACAAUGGUACUUCCACUGCUACAAAUCAUGAAAACCAAAAUGGAGACCAGACUUUCGUUCAGCAGAGAAAGAGGGCCAACUCCAGUAUGCCCCCAGGUCAAUCCAAACUACCUUGUCGACGUCUUGACGAAGCAGUGCGGAAACUCCACAGCCAGCAGAAGAUAAAUGACAGUGGUGAAGGAUUGGAGGCUGGUAAUGGUGAGAAGACUGGAGGAUCUGUCAUAGUGCUGGACUAGGUAUCACUUCAGUAACAGUGCAGGGAUGUCAUCAUGCCACAACAGACAUUGAGUAUUAGAAACAGCAUAGAGCUCAACAUCUCUUCAAACUUUUGUCUCUGAGAAAAGUUCAAAUAAAGUGAUUGUUCAUAUUUUUUCAUAUUACUGUAUUCAAUAACAUGAGAAAACAUAACAACCAAGUGGCUGCAUACUGAUAACACGUUAUUGCCUGGUAAUUUUGAAAGAUGAAGAUCUAAGGCUAUUCAUCAGCCCAGACAAUAUAAUUGUCGCUGAUUAAUAGCUGUAGUUAUUUAUCCUCCAACCAGCCCAAUAAAUUAUUAUCAGUAUGAGCCAAUAUAGCUAGUUAGUAGUGCUGUCCAUAACUACAGUAGUUAUUAUCUUGAUUUGUUCACUAUUUAUCUGACUGAAUAUGUGUGACUGCAUUUUACCGGCAUAUUCUCAUAUUUUACCAAAGAGUGUGUGAAAUAAUUGUCAGGAACUUUGCCAAAGUUAUGACUACUUUUGGUUUUGUAUAUCAGUAUUACAAUAUUUAAGAAUAGUGUAUUAAUGUUGACAAAUUCAUUUUAUAUAUGUAGGAAAACGAUGCAGAAACUGAUGCAGACAAAUAAGAUACAUACUGAUAGUGCUUCCUAGCAAGUGUAUGUUUACCAAGCUGUAAACUGCACUAGCUUUUUAUCCUUUUUGUUUCUCAUGCUGUAUAUACAAAUGUAUAAUGUUUUCUAGUGAGUUGGAGAAGGACUAUUAAAGAUAUAUAUACAUCCAUGUAUGCAUUUCUGUCUAACCUGACCUUUUGAUAUUAUACUGUUAUGAUAAGUUCUUUUUUUCUUUUUAGUAUUUACAAAGUACUUACUGAAUGGUGUAUCUGUUAUUGAUUAGUUUGAAAUUUUAAGCCUGGAUUGUACAUGACAGUACUACAGUAUUAUGCCAUAUUUUUGUUAAUGUUAUGUUAAGAUAAUUGUGUUCCAGUCACCAUAAAAAUAACAUUGCAAAAUAAUAUCACAGUUCAUCCUGUUCUUAGUACUCAUGCAUCUGACUUCCAAGAGUUCUAAACCGAUUUAGUAUUAAGAUGAAUAUUGUGUGAAGGGAGGCAACUCUAUCACAAAUUGCAGACUGGUUCGAUAGGAUAAUAUUUCUUGAUACUAUUAAGGUAUUCUUUACUGAUUAAUAGCCAUAAAAGCUCAUCUGCCCUGUUGUAUUUCAUCCACUUUUUUUCUAUUUUUCAAAAAAAAAAGAUUGUUUUUUGAUGAAAGAUGAAAGGAUUGCUAAGUAUUUCUAUGAGACCAAAGAAAAAUUGUUUAGAUAAAUCAUUUAAACUUUAGUGAAAUUUGAUGUAUGGAGUAAAUAAUAUAGUGAUAGAUCCAAAAUCUUUCAUCUAAUGCCAUUUAAUAACAUAAAGAAAAUGGCAGAAUAAGGCUGAACUGAAAUAUAAUUAAGUAACAAUUCUCACCUGUUAGAGAUUGUCGUUAUGCACUAAGGAGGUUUAUUUUAAAUAAACCAAAAAUUUAAACUGACAUGCUUGUACCCUUUUGUACAUCCAUAGCUAUAACUAUUCUGAUUAUUGCCUGUUGACAAUCAAACACUUUUUACUUUUUUUUAUUAGGAGUAGGAGAUUGAUGUUUGUCAUUCAGUUGACUGUGUAAUUAUUUUCAGAUUUGAUUUGUUCAUAUUUGUCACAAUUUGUUUUUCAGAGGACUGAAUUAAAAUGUUGAAAAAAGUUACUGUAAUCUUCCAUUUGAAAAAAAACUUAACUUUUUAGUUUAAUGUUAAUGUACAUAUUUCCUUUUUGUUGUUUUCUGGAGAGAAAUACACAGUAUUAAUGUUUUACCAAAAUGUAAAUUUGCCUUACUCGUGCUUAAAUAGUCGCUUUGAUGUUUUUGUUUUUCUUUGAUUUUUUUUUCAAAAGAAAUUCUUAUUUUUCUAGUGAUCUUAAUUCUUUUAUUAUGAAAACCAUUUCAGGUACAUUUGUAUCAUGCUGUAUAGAGGUUUGGCUCCAUUUUCUAAAUUUUGGUAAAAUUUACAUCUGUUUGACAAUGUUUCAAAGAUCUAGAGUUUGCACACAGUAUUGAGUAAUGAUAAUGAAUGUCUUUUUUCUUCCACUGUAUUCAGUGGCAUUUUUCUGUUCUUGCAAUCAAACAUCAUCCAUGCCGAUUCAAAAAUAAUCUACUUAUCCAUCAUCAUAAUAAGACAUCCACUUUCUUUAAUUUGAAAGAUGUUUUCUACAGUUAUGCAUUAGUUAUUUGGGCAUUAUUUUUACAGAUUUUACUUGUUCAUUCUGGUGCCAUGAAUCUGGUUUGUGUGAAAUUCAAUUCCUAAUGCUGUAAUCUUUCCAACUACUGUUGUGGAAUUACAAAAUGUAUUUACAUACCUUAUUUUAUGGAUUUUUUGUUUGUUGUGUUAUGUUUAUGAUUUUACAUUAACAUGACUUCAUCGGGGCGACUAGAUAUUUUAUAGCAAAGCAAAUGUCUACAUUUCUAUGUACACCAUGAUUUUUGUUCCUCCAACAAUUUUAUCAUUUAGGUAUAUGUGUGAAAUGGUGAGAAUUAUUAAAGUACAUGUACUUUCUUUGCAUAUUCUUUGAAGAAUACAUAUUAUUGUAUUUUGAUUUAUAACUUGUUUAUUACCAAUAUUAUCAAAUUGAUAGUUCCGGUAAGGCCCUAUUUGUGUUUCUUGCCUUUUAUGUCAGUCCUCCUAAGGACACAUCUUGGAAACACUGCAUUGAGAACCAGUAAAAGCUAAAUUGUCCUCAUGUGUUGAUACACCAGUGAUAAGCCGAUACAUGACUGCCUGUUGUUGUAACCUCUAUUUUCUGAUUCAAUUACUCUUGGCUUUUUGUUUCAUUUUUAUCAGAGCAAGUUUGGGUGUAUAAACUGUGACUGUUUAUGUAGAAAUAUCAGUUUCCAUGGCUAACAUGCACUGAAACUUAGCUCAUCUUACUUCAGCAUUAUAAAUACUGCUGAGCUUGAAUUUCUUCGGUUUCUUCGGUGGCAUUCCAUAACUAAAUGUAAAGUUCAAACUUAUAAUGAUUUGCCUGAAACAUACUCAAUUGGGUUUGGAAUGAUGAGGGUUUAGAAGUAAAAAAAAUUCCAGGCACAUUUGUUUAGGAUCUGAAGUACAUUGAAGGUUCUAUUUCACCCCAGGCUGACUUAUCUUUUCAUUUCAAAAGAACUGUUCAGGAAUUUGAAAGGUGAACAAAAAUGCAAGCAUUAAUUAAAACAUUAGACUUAAAAAGUACCCUGUAGAUAUACCAGCAGUUCCAAUUGACAACCCUGAUGUAAAUAUUACCCCUCUUAAGUUGCCAAAAUAAAACUUCUAUUGAAGUUCUAUACUGGUACCUUUAGUCAAUGGUAGUUCUCCGAACUGUCUUGGUAGUUUGAGGAAAAAGACUUAAAAUUCUCAAAGAAAUUAAGUUUAAUUUAAUUAUUAAUGCACGGGAUACAUUCUGUCCAUCAUGUGAUUGCUUACACAGCUUAAAAUUUCAGUAUAUUUGUGAAAGUUAUUUUACUUAUUAAAGUGUCGAAAAUUCAGCUUGAUAUUCAGACUUUUUCAAACCUUGACCAAUGUUGUAUAAAAUAUAGAUGUACUGCCAAUCUGAUUUAAAUACAGAUCAUUAUAAACUAUUUCUUAAUGUUGUGUACAAUGAUAACCUGCAUUUUAAUCUGAUUGAAAAUACAACUUGUGUGUAAAAAGUAGAAAGAAUGAAUGUGAUGUGAUAUAUAUAUAUUUUUGUAUGACAGAAAUAAGAAGAGAACAAUGGGCAAUGUACAUAUCAAAGUUAUGCCAAUGACAGUAGUUUAUAUGUACAAAAUUUUAAAAAAGAUAAAACAAAUAAAAAAUACAAUAAUUUCAA